UUCUCCAAAUGGAAACAAAACGGAACUUUGAAGGUUCUAAUCCUAUAAUACAGGUAGCAAAAAGCGAUACAGCUAACUCCUCCGUCUGGGCAUCCAGAUCUUCGAAUCCAACUAUUGCUUCAGAACCUCGUCAAUGGCGAAUUUCGGUACUUACCAGGAGUCGUGCCCUUCAAUAAAAAACAUUCUUCUUCUGGAUUCAGAAGGUAAACGGGUAGCUGUCAAGUAUUACUCAGAUGACUGGCCCACGCUAAAUGCAAAGUUAGGAUAUGAGAAAUCAGUGUUCACUAAAACUCAGAAGACAAAUGCCCGGACUGAAGCGGAAAUCACAAUGUUAGAUAAUAACAUUAUUGUCUACAAGUUCGUCCAAGACCUGCACUUCUUUGUCACUGGAGGUGAUGAUGAAAACGAGCUCAUCUUAGCCACAGUACUACAGGGAUUCUUUGAUGCGGUUGCCCUCCUCCUCAGAAGCAAUGUGGACAAAAGGGAAGCACUAGAGAACUUGGAUCUCAUUCUUUUAUGUCUGGAUGAGAUUGUUGAUGGAGGAAUGAUUCUUGAAACCGAUGCAAACGUUAUCGCAGGAAAGGUCGCAUCCCAUAGCAUGGAUGCUGGUGCACCCUUGUCAGAGCAGACCAUAACUCAAGCUCUAGCCACGGCUCGUGAACAUUUGACGAGGUCCCUUCUGAAGUGACAUAUGCAACUAUGCGUGACAAAGAAGGGGUUUAUUUUCCUUUUGCCUUAUAAGAUUUCUUUUGGGAAGGGCAGGGUGAUUUGGUUUUCUUCAUUCUUAUUAAGGGAUCCAUUUUUGCUGUCUUAUACAGAAAACAAACGCAUUUUAGGUUGCAUGUACCCUGUUAUAAUAUGCUAUAACAUGUCAUUGAUUUGGGUACGAAGUGCAUUAGCAUAUGAUCAAUUGCUAUACUAUCUGAGAUUAAUGGUAAAAAAUUUUAAGAUAUGCAAUACUAGAUGCAAGGGUUGAGUGA